AAGAACAUCUAGGGAAGUGAGAAAGAGAAGAGGCUCAAAGCAAAGAACUUUGGAAACCCAGACUCAAGUGUAAUUCCUAUCUGUCCUCAUAACCAAAGUAAAGAAUAACAGAAAUCAGUACCAUUUUGCCCUAUAAAAUUUUACACAAAAGCUAAAGUUUCAGUCUUUGUAUUGGAGACUGGAAACACAAUCUCUCUCUCCUCUCCCUCCCCUAUUCUCUCUCUCUCUCUCCUCCCCCAACAGUCUUUUUUUUUUCUUUUUUUUUUCCUUUUCAAAUAAAAUAAUAUCUAUGAGCAUGAUUUCAUCACUACCCAGUAUUUAUAACUCCAUACCCACAUGGCCAAAACUUUAAGAAAAUCCAACCAACCCAUUUUCAAUGUUUAUUUUAAUCAGCUCGUGCCAAGAAGUUCAACUUGUCAGAAAAUAAAAACCCAAGGUAUAUUAGAAGCUUGAAGAGCCAAAGAGAAAGAGAAAGAGAGGGCUAGAGCCUAGAAAGAAGAAGAAUUAUUCCGAAGUUCGACGGCUUAUUGGAAAUGGUGAGAGAGUAAUUGUGGGUUUUCUUAGAUAUUGGUGGCCAAUUUUGGAUGAUGGAUUUGUUACUGGGAAGUGCAUUUUCUUCAUGUACAAAACCUUGGAAUAAAUGGUAUUAUUAUUUCGAUCCCAGAAAAAGACAACCCAAAUGCGCACAAAAAAAUUCAGAUUCAAGAAAAAAAACAAACCCACGAAAUUCCUCAAAUAUGGCUUCUAGCUGGUGUAAGAUCUCACCGACAAUCAUUCCCUCCCUUCUUGUAUUCUUUCUCAUUGUUUCUUCUUCAGUCUCUCAAUCCCAUGCAUCAUCAGAAUCCAGUGAUUUCCAUGCAACCAAUCAGACUCUUCGGCCAGAGAAAGAGUUACAGAAGCUCAAGUUCAUCAAAUCCCGUCUCAGAAAGAUCAACAAGCCUGCUGUCAAGACAAUUCAGAGUUCUGAUGGUGAUCUUAUAGAUUGUGUAUUUUCACAUCUUCAACCAGCUUUUGAUCAUCCUCUAUUGAAAGGACAAAAGCCAUUGGAUCCUCCAGAGAGACCAAAAGGACAUAAGCAACAUUCUGGAAUGGUUGCAGAAGAUUUCCAGCUAUGGAGGAUGUCUGGUGAAUCGUGUCCUGAAGGAACAGUACCAAUCAGGAGAACAACUGAGCAAGACAUGCUAAGAGCAAGCUCUGUUCGAAGAUUUGGAAGAAAAGUCAGGAGGCAUGUCAGAAGAGAUUCAUCCAGCAAUGGACAUGAGCAUGCGGUUGGAUAUGUGAGUGGAGAAGAGUACUAUGGAGCAAAAGCCAGCAUAAAUGUGUGGGCUCCACGCGUUGAUAAUCAAUAUGAAUUCAGUCUCUCCCAAAUGUGGGUUAUCUCUGGUUCUUUUGGUGACGACCUCAACACAAUUGAAGCUGGUUGGCAGGUUAGUCCUGAGCUGUACGGGGAUAAUUAUCCCAGAUUCUUUACUUACUGGACUACGGAUGCAUAUCAAGCAACUGGGUGUUAUAAUUUGCUAUGUUCAGGCUUUGUUCAGACCAAUAAUAAGAUUGCCAUUGGGGCUGCAAUCUCUCCAACUUCUUCCUACGGUGGAGGACAGUUUGAUAUUAGCUUGUUGGUUUGGAAGGAUCCAAAGCAUGGGAACUGGUGGCUAGAGUUCGGGUCCGGAAUUCUAGUUGGGUAUUGGCCAUCAUUCUUAUUCACUCACCUCAGAGACCACGCAAGUAUGGUGCAAUUUGGUGGAGAAGUAGUAAAUUCAAGGCCUUCUGGUACUCAUACAUCAACACAAAUGGGAAGUGGACAUUUUGCUGGAGAAGGAUUUGGAAAAGCUUCAUAUUUUAGAAAUUUGCAAGUAGUUGAUUGGGAUAAUAGCUUAAUACCAUUGUCCAAUCUUAAAGUCUUGGCUGAUCAUCCAAAUUGCUAUGACAUACAAGGAGGGAUUAAUAACGUUUGGGGUAAUUACUUUUACUAUGGUGGACCUGGAAGAAAUGUAAGGUGUCCCUAAGGGAAAAUUAAGGUGGGAAAAAAAAAAAAAAAAAGGUAUAGAUAUGUGGAUUUUUUUUCUUCUUUUUUGUUAUUUUUUACAUAUAAUUUUCUUUUUUUUUUCUUGUUGGGGUGAAUUGGGUUUCUUCUCGAGAUCGAUAAGGGCAAGUUUGGGGUAUUCUUAUAUUUAUUUUCUUUGUUAAUCCAAUUUUUUUUUUCUCUCUCCCUCUCUCUCUUUUUUGGCAACUAACAUGUGAUCCAUUGUGUGUGAAAAGAACAUAUGUGAUCCAUUAAUUUUAGGGACUUCUGUAUAUUUGGAAAAAAGAAAUAGUGAAUAUACUAUAGUUUGUGAUUUU